UGGUGGCACGGUCGAAUUUAGCGUGUUUUGCGCUAUUUUUCCUGUCCACCGUCUUGAUAACACACUCAAUGUCAGAAGCAAGAGUGUGUAGGGAUCAAUUAUGCAAUGAACCUAUAUCUGUAGGUAGAGUUAUAAAAAACUUUGAAGGCACAAGUGGUAAAGAUCACUUGAGUCUCAAACAAGGAGACAAUAUAUAUGUAUACGCCAAGAAUCCCGAUGAAUCACCAGAAAUGUGGUUUGGCCAGGUUAAUGGCAAAGGUGGAUAUUUUCCAAAAGAAAAUAUAGAAGAAUAUGUUAUUUAUGAACCCAAUCCAUCUUUUGUUGUCUCCAAGGAAAUAUUGGAGGACUCUGAGGAUGGGUCUGCUAAUGACGCUGAUCAGAGCGACAAGACACCAGACAAGUUGGAAGAUACCACCAAAGACAAACCUGGAGAAAAUAGCAAAGAAAACACCAUUAAAGAUGAAGAAAACCCCAAAGACAGUAAUCCCCAACCAGGUGAGGACAGCAAAAAGACCAAGGGGACCAUGUCCGGGAUUAUGGACUCUUUGUCCGGUUUUUUCAGUUUACCAGCUGGGGAGGAAGAAGAUGAAAAUACUUUAUCUAGUCAACAAAAAAGCAAUUCAAAUAACAAUCAAAUAGAUAAUGAUAAUAAGAACAAUGAGAAUUCAGAAACAAAUUCCGAACUUUCGCCAAAUGUGGAGGAAAACCACCAAAAAGAUACUUCAGAAAGUGACUCUAUUGGUACUAGUCAAGAUAAAAGAGCAGAGUCUCCUGAUAGCAAAACACCUGAAGGUAAUAGAGAUAGCACUAAUGCUUUAGACUAUAAUCUUUUAGAAGACUCACAAAGUCAGCAAACACAGGAGUCAACAGAAUCGCAAAAUGUAGAAAAUAAAUUAGAUAAUCAGAAAGAUAAGGCAGUGUUACAAAAUGAGAUUAGUGAUAUAGAAACUGUAAAGGAAACAGGAGAAAUUCAUAGCAAUGCAGAAGAACAAGAAAAGCAACUUGAAACUGAAAAGGAAGAUCAAGAUCCUCAAAAACUAGUGACUUUGCAAGCUGGAAACCAAGAUGCUAAACCACUUGCUCUACAAGAUCAAAAAGGACAAGAUGCGCAAGAACCCAAACAGGUUGUUCAAGAUAAUCCAGAUCCUCCACAAGCAGUUCAAGAGGAGCAAAAUCCAACACAAGUUGAACAAGGUAACCCUGAACAAGCUGUGCCAGACAAGCAAGAGACUCCUGAAGGGGCAAAAGAUGAGCAACAUCCAACACAAGUUGAACAAGGUUAUCCUGAACAAGCUGUGCCAGACAAUCAAGAGCCUCUUGAAGGGGCACAAGAGGAACAUCAUCCAGCACAAGUUGAACCAGGAAACCUUGAACAAGCUGUGCAAGACCAGCAAGACACUGGACAAGAGGAACAUCAUCCAACACAAGUUGAACAAGGUAACCCUGAACAAGCUGUGCCAGACAAGCAAGAGGCUCCACAAGAGGCACAAGAGGAACAACAUCCAACACCAGUUGAACAAGGUAACCCUGAACAAGCUGAGCCAGACAAGCAAGAGACUCCAAAAGAGGAACAAGACGAACAACAUCCAGCACCAGUUGAACAAGGUAAACCUGCACAAGCUGAGCCAGACAAGCAAGACACUGCACAAGCAGUACAAGAGGAACAACACCCAACACAAGUUGAACAAGGUAACCCUGCACAAGCUGUGCCAGACAAGCAAGACACUGCACAAGCAGUACAAGAGGAACAACAUCCAGCACAAGUUGAACAAGGUAACCCUGAACAAGCUGAGCCAGACAAUCAAGAGCCUCCUGAAGGGGCACAAGAGGAACAACAUCCAACACAAGUUGAACAAGGUAACCCUGAACAAGCUGAGCAAGACAAACUGGAGGUAGAUCAAGAAACCAAGAAUGAAACUAAAGACGAUAUUAAGUCAGGUGCAGAUGAGGGCAUUGAAGAUGCUCUUAGCUUGGAAGACCAUAAAUCCACCACACCAGAGGAAACAGACCCAAAGCAAGCAGUAGGAGAAGGUCUUGAGAACAAGAAGCUACCUCAGUUUGUGGAAGGUGAGUACAUGUCAAUGCCUAGAGAAGAACUCCUGAGAGUUUUAAAUGAAAGAAACGCAAUCCUAUAUUCUCAAGGGCAAGGUUCCUCCAGCGAGCAUGAUAAUGAAGACAGCGUCCAAGUCCAAGCUGGAGAGGAAACUAAGCAAGAAGAAAAGAAAAUGGACGAAAGUAAAAAGUCACUGGAAGAGGUUGUGCAGAAUGUACAAGAAAAUCUCAAGGCUGUAGUUGAUGAAGACCUAAAGAAUCACUACCAGAAAAUAAAUGGUGAAGAAAACCGUGAAGAAAGCAAAGAAAGCUUAAAUCCAAAACAAGAGCAAGAUUCCAAUAACGUCGCUGAUAGUAAAGAAGGUAAUGGGGCACCUUCUGGGGCACAGCACAAGUUCUCGUCUAAAGGAGAAGCUAUCUUAUCACAAAGAAGACAGAUGAAGAAACAACAAGAGGAAACAACAGGUGGUGGUGAUGCCAGUGAUGAAGGGGAAGAAGAAGAUGAUGAAGAUGAAGAUGAAGAUGAAGAGGUUGAACCAACAAGAAGAAACAGCAAUUCAACUGCAAAUGAAGAUUCUGAAAAACCAAAAGACGCUGAAGAAGGUAUACUUGAAGACGACAAAGCUAAGGAAGCCUCUGCUAAAAUAAAUGAAGGAAUGAAAAAAAUCUUUGAAGAAGAGGAGAAAAGAGCAGCAGAGCAAAGUAAGACAAAAGCGACAGGUAAUAAUGAGAUAGAAAGCUCCCAACAACCUCAAAAUGUUAACAUUGAAAGUGAAAAGACACCAGAAGAGCAAGCUAAGGAAGAACGUCUUAGGCUUUUAAGAGAAGAGCGUAGAAGGGUAGAAUCACUGAAUGAGCAAGCGACAAUGUUAGCAGAGAAAAGAAAGGCAUUGGAAAAGAAGAUGGAGGAGGAAAGGCAAUUAAAAGAACAGCAGAGAUUAAAAGAACUACAAGAAGAGGCAAUGAAAAAGCAAAAAGAAGAAGAAUUAAGAAGAGAAGAAGAAAGAAAAGCACAUGAAGAAAUGGAGCAAAAAUUUAAGGCGCAAGAAGAACAGAGGCUGCUAGAAGAAGAGGCUGAAAAGCAACGGAAAGAAGAAGAAAGAAGGCAAAGAAUCAAGUUGGAAGUUGAGAAAAGGUUAAAAGCAAUUGAGGAGGAAAGACGUAAAGCUGAAGAAGAAAAAGCAGAAAGAGAAAGAAAAGAUCGAGAACAAAAAGAAAAGGAAAGGCAGCUGAGAGAACUAGAAGAACAAAGGAAGAGAGAAGCAGAGUUGAAGAGAAUUGAAGAUGAAAAGAAAAGGAAGGCUCAAGAAGAGGCAGAUAAACUGAAAGAAGAAAUGGAAAUUGAAGCAGCUCUAAAAGAAAGACUAGCAGCUAUGUCUCCUCCUGGACAAGAAGACAAGGCAGUGAAAAGUGAGGCUAAAAUUACAACAGAAACCCAGAGAAAAAAGGAAGAGCUUUCUGCACAAAAGCAUGGAAAUAGGUUUGCUGCUCAUAGUCCAGAAGACAAGACUGCUGUCAAGCCAGGAAGAGCUCCACCAGUAAUGCCUAAUUUGAUACACAACAAGUUCAAGAAAAUUCACAUGAAGGCAUCCAAAAAGAAAACUAGCAAAAAGCAUGGUAAGAAGAAAGGCAGGAGGAGAAAGAAGAAAACAUUUGACAAGGAGUUCAUCCAUUUAGACCAGGAAAGUUGUUUGUCAAUUCCAAUCAAGGAAAGAGAAGCUUGUGCUUUAGAUGUGGAUGAAGAUGAAUGCCAUGAAGAUGGUUGUUGUUUUGAUGAAGAUGGUCCUCCUGAACUGCAGUGUUUUUGGCCUCCCUCACAACCAGUUUUUGAAGAAGACCUUGAAGGUGAUGAAGAAGAAGUCUCACCAAGGAGAAGGCUGGAUGGCAAAGACAGAGGAAAAGUAACACGAACUACAAGCAAACCUGAUGCAGCAGCCACUACUAAGACUAACAUCAAACCAACACCUUCAAGUCUGUACACUACAACUAUAGCAGCUCAAAAGGCAGUUGUUGAUGAAACCAAGACAACCCAGGCUUCCACUCAGACCGAAAACACCAACAUGAAAGCUUUAUCAUCACAAAGUAAUGAUACGUUGGCCGCUCAUGAAGGUGCUACUCAAGAUAUCAAAGGAACUGCUGUGCAAAAACAACCAGUAUUACCAACUCCUUCACUGCCUCCCACAGGCACCCCACCAACAGGCACCCCACCAACAUACCAAAAUCAAAAUGAGCAAGGAAAAGACAACAGCUCAUCUCAAGAGCCUCCAAAUGUAAACGACACUAGCAGUCAAGAACAAGUAGCAACACCUAAAGAUGGCAGCACCAAGAAGGAGGAAUUUCAAGACCUAAUCAAACAAACAGCAGUUCCAACCUCCACACCAGAGAUUCCACUAAGUGCAGAGAAUGUCACAGAGGCACCUAAASCUAAAAGCUUUGGGAUACUGAAAGGGUUUUGGAGGUUUCAUCAGGCUUUAGCUGAAGGUGUUAUGCACUAUGGACAGCCUGUCAAAGGUGCCGUGAAAGGAACAUUGGGCUUCAUUGGACUUGGUCAGCUCUUUGAUGAUAUCUGUCAAGAUCUUGCUACAGCACCUCCUUUGGUACUAGUAUGUACUGUUCUGGUUGGUACUCUAGGGGCAGUGUUUCUUCUUUGCACCUGUAUUUCCAGCAUUAAUUCAAAGGGUGAAGCUAGUGGGCCAAGUUUAAGAGAUAUCCUCAAGACUUAUGAGGCAAGAAUUCGAAUUCUUGAAGAGGAACGCGAUGGACUUCAAGCCAGUAACAAGGAAAUGGAGGUCAAGCUUCACUAUGCAAUGGAGGAAAAACACCAUGCUGAAGAUGGCGCUAACACAGCAAGGAAAAGCCUGGAGAAUGUUAUGUURAAGAUUAAACAGUAUGAGCAAGAACAACAGGAAUUGCAGGCCAUCAUCAACAACAACAARGAGGACAUCAAAGCMUCCAUUGAAGAACURGAGAAGAAAGRUGAAGAAUUUGAACAUCUWCAGAAAAUGAUUGGAGAUUAUAAAGGUGAAAUCAAGAACAGGGUAGAUGAAAUUGAACAGUUGAAUAAGGAGAUUGUUGACCUUAAAGAUGACAAUGCUUCACGUGAAGAAGAAAUCAAAACUUUGAACAGCAAGGUUGAUAGUCAAGAGGAAGAGAAAGAKGAGCUUGCUGAAAAGAUCAAGGAAUGGAAUGACAAGUUUGACAAGCUCCAGGAGAGCCUUGAUGAUCAGGCCUUACGCAACAGUCAAAUCCAAGAACAGUAUGAAUUCAAGUGCAAUGAAGUCGAGGUUCUUCAAGAUUGUCUGCUUCAGAUCAAGGGACAGGAGAGUGAUGAUGAUGAGGGCGAUGAAGACAGUACUUCCACAGAGGAAGAAAAGGAUAAAGCAAGAGCUGACAGACUUAAAGCCAUGCUGGAUGCUUCAAAGUCCAAGACAGAAGCAAAAAUCAUCAGAGAAGAAAAUAUUCAGUUUAGAAGUGAACUGGAAAAAGUAAAGACUAACAAAGAGGCUUUGGAAGAAAAGAUUCAAGAACUUGAGCAAGAGCUAUCCAAUGCCAAAGUGAAUGAGGAAAAAGCAUAUCUUGACUUCCGUGAGAAAGAAAUAGAAUUGACGGCCCUCAGAAAGUACUUCAAGGACACUGAGAAUGAGCUGCACAGAAAACUCACAGCAGAGGAGUCAGCAAGAGAAGCAACUGAACACAAACUACAAACAGAGCUUUCUAAAGCAUCAGCAGACUCAAAGGAUCUUGUUACAUACAAAAAGCUUUAUAAAGAUAUAAAUGAAGAGAUCCAAAGGGUCAAGGGUAAUGUCAACCAUCAGGUGGCUCAAGUUGAAGAGAGAGCCCACAACAACUGGCUYAAGUACAGAACAGUAGAACGAGAACUUGAAGAAGUAAAACGAGAGAGAGAUGCUUUGAGAAGAAGGUUAUAUGCCAUGGACAAGGAAAAGAACAGACCAGGGUCAUCUCAAAGUGGGAAAUCAUCAGAUAGUACUGAUGGCAUACGUUCAGAGUCACCUCUACGAGGACCCCCACCCCCAGGACCCCCUGGUGGUCGUGUUCCAGAACAUCACAGUCCUGUACCAAUGGGUCCCCCACCACCCCCUCCCAUGCACCCUAUGUAUGGGCCACCCAGAAUGCCAAUGGGCUUUGGACCACCACCACCUCCUGGUCGAUAUGGUCCACCCCCUCCCCCAGGACAUCAUGGGACGCCUCCACCUCCUCCCGGACAUCAUGGGACACCUCCUCCGGGACGUCAUAGUACCCCUCCUCCUCCGAUGCGCAAUGGACCUGCACCGGGUCGACAGGGUACGUUGUCUCCUUCAAAUGAACGAGACGAACGUCGUAGGGAUGGCCAUAGUUACGGUCCUGAUGAUAGACGAAGUGAAAAACGAUCGUUAAGUCCACCAAGARAUCACAGUAAUCACACAGAUAGUCCACCUAACUUUACUAGACCACCUAUCUCAACUAGUACACCAGGACAAUCGAAAAUGAGUACUGUCAAGCAAAAUUCACUGGACAAUGAUGGUCACAUCAACGAAUCCCCUCCCCCAUACGCACCUUAUCCAGCAGGUCCUCCAAUGAGAACGGGCUCACCAAUGAUGAGACAUCCACCUCCKGUACGACCACCAUAUGGUCCCAUGGGAGCUUCACCGUUAAGACCUCCUUAUGGCCCACCUAUGGGCCCUCCUAUGGGUCCACCAAUGGGCCCUCCAAGGCCACCUCCACCUGGUCACAUCCCACGGCCCAAUGCACCACCUAUGGGUGCUUCACCAAAUGCUUACAGAAGAGUACCUGGACCAAGACCUCCGUCUGGGGCCAGCUGACACCACGUCAAUGCAUAGAAAAAAAUAGACUUAUUUAUGAUAACUGGAAAAUUACUGUAAUUAAUGGUAUAAAAUCUAUCUUACUCCACCCCUACUUGGUGUUAUCUUAUUCUUUAACGUAGCAAAGAAAAAAAUUGAGAACUUUUGAGCACGAAGUCCGCCAUCUUGAAUUUUAGCCCCGAUAAUUUCGAUAUUGUCUUACAGUGUGCAAGAAAUAAGGCAAUUACUGUAACUUUGAUUUUUGUUUCUUGUUCGUUCUCCAUGCCUUUCGCAAUCUAAAUAGAAACCAUCUAUCUAUCUAUCGAUGACGCAUGGCCGUGUAGGUAAAAAAAGGCUAUUGUUACUGUUAGUCUCAUUUGAAGGGUUUUUGCCACUUUUUUGGCCCAUUUAUGAUACAUUUUACCGUUGUUGAAGGAAUGUCAAAAAUGAUUAUAAGAAACAAAACUAUUUGAAUUUAUUUURAAUUUUGUUUGUUAUUUUAAUUGAAAAACAAAUUCAUGUACUUUAAAAUUGUAAAUUCCUCCAAUUUCAGUCAAUUUGUACUUCGUCUUUAAUUUUAGAAAUGGMUGUACAACAAAGUUGUGCAGGUCAUGAAUAGAAAGAUAUGUAUGAAAUUCUCAAAAACGCACGAUUAUUGAACGUGAAUGUGUAAGAAUAUUUCUAUUUUGUGGUUAUUGUAGGACAUUGAAAAUGGCAAUUUUACAGUGGCSUCAUUUUACAAUAAUAACCUAUCAGAAUACAAGUAAUGAAUUCGUAUUCUAGCUGGUAAUUAUAGAUUUUCAUUGGCCCUCUUUGCGCUCUAUUUACGGUCCAUAAUUAGUUGUAGUAUAUGCCGCCACUGUGCAAAUUCUCCUAUUAAAUACAAAAUGAUAAAUAAAGAAUGAUAAAGACA